CUCAGCACAUCACUGUCCCCUUCCAUUUUCACUCUUUCUCGCUUCUCUCUCACACACACACUCUCUCAAUCAUCCUUUCACCAUGGGCAACUUUGCUGCCAACGAGGGACUUUCGGUCUUUGUCAUUGUAAGUCUGUCAAGUUCAAUUCUAUAAUUACUCUACAUUUCUGUUUUGGGGUGUAAUGUCCUACUGUUCUAACCAGGGGAAUUGGGUCUGUUUUAGCUGGUCUGGCUGGGAAUCAACGCUUACCUGUUUGUCCAGUUCUACAUGAACUUCCUUACUGAGAGAUGGUUCUAUACACGGGUCCUCCUUGGGGUAAGUUUGAGAACCAACCGAAAGUCAUUCGAUUUUUUUCAAGAUCGUUUCUAUUUAAGAAAUGAUUUAAGAAAUGGAGGUCAGUUUAAGAUUGCAUACUGUGUUCUUACUGUAUUAUUAAUCUUGGCAACCCAGAACCAGAUCUUGAGUGAGUGCUGACCUCUGGCCAACUGUUGUCGUCUGUCAACAGGCCUGCUGUACUAUGUACACUGUAUUCAGUAUGUGGACCGUAAUUAUUAUAAUAAUUGUUUACAUUCUACACGUUUAUUAUAUAGUACUAGGUCAAUCAUAUUGAAUAUGUGUAGUGUAUAUUAUACCUAACCUCUAUUGUGUGACAGAGAUUGAAACAAAAAAAUAAUCACACUUUGAUGCGCUAUCUUUACUCUGUGGUUACAGCUGGGUGCACGGCUGAUUACAUGUUCCUCACAGGCAGCCCAGGUGGCUAGACUAACAGUAGUAAUGACCAGAAGUGAAACUGGGUCUGCACUCUACGUCCCUCUCACUCCUCUCAGUCCCUGAGGGCCCCUUUCAAUUGAAACCAGUAACCAGAAGUAAAAAAAACAUAGAUUCAAACUGUACAAAUUGUUACGUUCGACUAAUGAUUCCCACUUCUUCUCUCUCUCCUUCUCUCUAUCUAACCCUACUCUCUCUCUACCCCUCUCUAUCUAACCCAACUCUCUCUCUCCCCCUCUCUAUCUAACCCAACUCUCUCUCUCCCCCUCUCUAUCUAACCCUACUCUCUCUCUCCCCCUCUCUAUCUAACCCUACUCUCUCUCCCCCUCUCUAUCUAACCCAACUCUCUCUCUCCCCCUCUCUAUCUAACCCUACUCUCUCUCUCCUCCAGCAUGCCCUCUCCUGGGCCAGGGCUCCUGCAGCCUGCCUCAACUUUAACUGUAUGCUUAUUCUGCUGCCAGUCUGCCGGAACCUUCUGUCCUUCCUCCGCGGCUCCAUCCAGGUAACACACACACACCCCAACCCUAUUUUAUCCAAAUGUGUAUGGAUAAUCAUCUAUAAAUAAUUGCUGGGUCACAUAAAAAAAAAAAAAUCUUACACAUUCAGUGUUGCAGUCGCACAGCUGCUCGACAACUGGACAGAAACAUCACCUUUCACAAGCUGGUGGCUUACAUGAUAGCAUUUCACACAGGUACCCUACUCACUUAAUUAGUUUGGUUUACAUUUGCCUUUGAUUAUUUUCAUUCGUUGUCAUCAAACAGAUGUCUCUGUACAGAUAGUAAUCUCUGCUUUGCCUGCGUCCUUCCCUAGCGGUCCACAUCGUCGCCCACCUGUUUAACUUUGAGUGGUUCAUGGGAGCCCAGCUGGACAGGAACAGCAGCUCUUUGCCCUUUGUGUUGUCACAGAUUGGCAUCGGAGACAACGCCUCCUACCUAAACCCCAUCAGGACCGACCAGACCGUCAGUAUUCUAUUAGCUACACAUUUUCAUUGUUCAUUGUGUUUAUAACUGCCUAGGACACAUUGUUCAUUGUGUUUAUAACUGCCUAGGACACAUUGUUCAUUGUGUUUAUAACUGCCUAGGACACAUUGUUCAUUGUGUUUAUAACUGCCUAGGACACAUUGUUCAUUGUGUUUAUAACUGCCUAUGACACAUUGUUCAUUGUGUUUAUAACUGCCUAGGACACAUUGUUCAUUGUGUUUAUAACUGCCUAGGACACAUUGUUCAUUGUGUUUAUAACUGUCUAGGACACAUUGUUCAUUGUGUUUAUAACUGCCUAGGACACAUUGUUCAUUGUGUUUAUAACUGCCUAGGACACAAUGUUCAUUGUGUUUAUAACUGCCUAUGACACAUUGUUCAUUGUGUUUAUAACUGCCUAGGACACAUUGUUCAUUGUGUUUAUAACUGCCUAGGACACAUUGUUCAUUGUGUUUAUAACUGCCUAGGACACAUUGUUCAUUGUGUUUAUAACUGCCUAGGACACAUUGUUCAUUAUGUUUAUAACUGCCAAGACACAUUAAUAUGUCUUAUUUAGCUGUUAGAAAAGGGUUUAUGAAUCUAUAAAGCAUUACAGAGUAUUCCUGUUUAUUAUAUAGCUAUGUCAAGAGGUCAGUUCUGACCAAGGUCAGAAUGUUGACACAUCAUAGCAGAUUAUGACAGGUAGGAAUCCCCCAGCAUAUAAAUAGAAUGACUGAAUAGAAUGCUAUGUCCCCCAGCAUAUAAAUAAAAUGACUGAAUAGAACGCUACUGUAUUUCUAAAUCCCCCAGCAUAGAAAUAGAAUGACUGAAUCGAAUGCUACUGUAUUUCUAUGCCCCCCAGCAUAGAAAUAAAAUGACUGAAUAGAAUGCUAUGUCCCCCAGCAUAGAAAUAGAAUGACUGAAUAGAAUGAUACUGUAUUUCUAUGUCCCCCAGCAUAGAAAUAAAAUGACUGAAUAGAAUGCUAUGUCCCCCAGCAUAGAAAUAGAAUGACUGAAUAGAAUGAUACUGUAUUUCUAUGUCCCCCAGCCCAUAACACACUAUGACUCCUUCAUUACUCUUUGGCUGCCUCCUCUGAACAGAGAUAUAUAUGUCUAAAAACAGAUCAUAAAAUGGUUAGCUAAUUUCCCACUCCUUGUAAUAUUAAAGCAAGUUCAUUAUGCUGAAUCUGAGGGAAGCAUUUCUGAACAAUACGACUUCCCUAAAUAGGUUGAGCAGAUAGUUCCAAACACAGCCUCCACACUCCCUCUGAGGCAACAACAUGACUGCAUUACUUCAGUGUUGUUUUAUCAUCAUGGUGUAUGUUGACAUCUGAAAUCCCACUUCUCUGAUUGGGUCAGAACCCAACCAUAGUGAUGUUCACCACCAUCGCGGGGUUAACGGGCGUGGUCAUCACCCUGGCCCUCAUCCUUAUCAUUACAUCAUCCAUGGAGGUCAUCCGCAGGUCAUACUUCGAGGUCUUCUGGUACACCCACCACCUCUUCAUCAUCUUCUUCAUCGGACUCGUCUUCCACGGCUUCGGGUGAGUCAGUGAAAACUCUCACAAUGGUGUGUGCACAUUCAUUGUUUCUCCAUAACACCCAUUUUGAGUCAGUUGAACAUUUCCUACAGAGACAUAACAUAUGAUUAGCCUCAUAAUAAGAUAUUAAAAAGGCUCAUACAUGCUUAUGACAAGUAAUAAAAGCAUUAUACCUGCAGGUUAAGCCCUACCGUUUUUAUGUCUAAAUCUCUCUAAAACGGUUUGCCACAGGCGAAUUGUCAGAGGGCAGACUGCUACAAGUCUCCAGGAGCACAAGCCAUCGCAGUGUGCAGAUCGGUUUGAGUCAUGGGGAGAGAACGGGACCUUCUGCUCUAAGCCUGAGUUUGCUGGGAACCCUCCUAUGGUGAGCUAUGACAGUUCGGUUUUUUACAUGACUUAAGUGUGCUGAUUCUUUUUUGUAAAUAACAUUUUCUCUAUCGGUUUCCUCUUCAGACAUGGAAGUGGGUGGUGGGGCCUAUGAUCCUGUAUGUGUGUGAGAGACUGGUCCGAUUCUACCGCUCCCAACAGAAGGUCGUAAUCACCAAGGUCAGUCUUGUGUUUCACGCCAGCUUGUACACUCCCAACAGGCAAUUUCUAUUAAUUUCUUACAUUUUUCUAACGGGCCAUUUCUUUUCUAUUCAAAGCCAGUGUGAUUGAGACAGUCCGUGAUUGAGACAGUCAGCGUUGUUAGAAGGCAGCCCUGGCUGAGAACCAGCAUCAUGCACUAUGCAGUUCACGUCUACUCAUCCAACAGUUAGCUGUCUCUUUUAGCCUCCAUCUUGUUUGUCUCCCAUCUGUCUCUUCUCUCCAGGUGGUGAUGCACCCGUCCAAGACCCUGGAGCUACAGAUGAAGAGGAAGGGUUUCAAGAUGGAGGUCGGCCAGUACGUCUUCAUGCAGUGUCCCUGUGUCUCCCAGCUGGAGUGGCACCCCUUCACACUCACCUCCGCCCCAGAGGAGGACCACUUCAGCGUCCACAUCCGUAUCGUGGGUGACUGGACCCAGGGCCUGUACGAGGCCUGUGGCGGGGACAAGAACGAGACACAGGAGGCAUGGAAACUGCCCAAGUACGUGGUUGAAUGCAGAGAGCGAACAUUUUCUACGAACCCGUCCCCUUAACUAACCUGCGGUUAAAUAUCCAUUAGGUUGAAUAUUAGGUUUUUAAACAGCCAUUUCUGCGCUUAAUGUCCCAUACUUGACAUCAUAGUGUACAGUUGGUGGGCUGUCAUUUAGAAUAUGAGGAUGGGGUAGUAGUGUUUCCUUUUUACUGUGAAAUAACAGUGAGGGGAAGUGGCAUAAGAGAGGAUAUAUGUGGUACAUUUCAAUAGAGAGGUCUAAUGGCAACAUUGUGUAAUUGUUCAACCAGAAAGUAUCCAGUAGAUUAGAUUCUUUAAUGUUUUUACCAUAGAAAUGCAAUUAGAAGACUAUUAAACUGUUUAUAUGACUGUAACUCUCUCCCUGUAUGCAGAAUGGCGAUAGAUGGCCCAUUUGGUACGGCCAGUGAGGACGUGUUCGGCUACGAGGUGGUCAUGCUGGUGGGUGCUGGCAUCGGGGUCACCCCGUUCGCCUCCAUCCUCAAGUCAGUGUGGUACAAACACAUGCAGGAGAACCAGAACGUCUUCACCAAGAAGGUGAGAGAUCGGCUCUGUCUGUCUGUUUUUUCUCUUUCUAAAUUGCAGUGUUAAGGGUACUUCCCCAUUUCAUUCCACCAAUGUUUCAGCUGAAAUGUUCUUCAUUGCAUCGUGAUUUACUUUUCUAUUUCAUUUCAUCAAGUGAGAGAAAUCUCACUGCCAUGAGUGCAAUGUUAAUUUAUUUUCAACGUUUGCAUCGUUCCUUUAGUCAGCUCUAAACUCAUUGUUAUAUGUCCAAUAUGUGAUUCAAAAUUCAAAAGGCACUCGCACAUAUGAGCUAUCUUCGUUGCAGGUGCAUAGUAACAGUUUAAUAAGAUGAGAAAAAAUAAGAAGCCCACACACAGCUCUUCCUAGUAUCGCUGCUCUUUAUUAAGCUUCACGUUGCGGCCUCAAGGCCUUCUUCAGAGCUUUGUUUUGUCCAAUAUGUGAAACGGACAAUCUUUCUUCCAUCUCCUCCGUGCCAGAUCUACUUCUAUUGGCUGUGUCCUGAGACCCAGGCCUUUGAGUGGUUUGCUGACCUGCUGCAGUCUCUGGAGGGCCAGAUGACAGAGAAAGGCAUGGUGGACUUCCUCAGCUACAACAUCUACCUGACCCGCUGGAAAGAGACCGAGGUCAGCACACCACACUUUUCAGCAGGGGCGCAACUUUGGUUUUAGAAGUGGGGGGGACAUCAUUUUUUUUAUCCCUUCGGAUAAACACUCCAAACAGCCUAGCCGACCGCUCGGAGAUGUCCGCAUGGUCCUAAAGCACACCUUUGCCUCGUUUUGUAUCAGAUUCCAAUGAUAAAACUGGGGGGACAAAAAUGCAAUUUCAGAAUGUGGUCACUUAUCCCCCCCCCACCCUUUAUGUCAUAUGUACAAAAUAAGAAUGAAAACUAAAAAAGCUGCGUUCUCUCUUUAAAAUAAUAACUAUUGCCUGUAGAUGAGAGCGGGACAAUGCAUAAUCACAAUAUGUAUUUAUGUUUUUACAAAAGGCUGCUCACUUCAGAGUUCACCAUGAGGCGGAGAAUGACCCUAUCACAGGGCUGAAGCAGAAGACUCUGUAUGGGAAACCUAACUGGGACAAUGAGUUCACUACGAUUGGGACAAAGCAUCCAGAGUGAGUGCCUUUCAGCCUCUUCUAUUCCAAACAGAAUUUGCAUAUUCCAGAGAGAGACAUAUUUGAGUUAGAUGUACUCAAAUUGUAAAACGUGUUACAUGUAUAGUUCACAACAUGUGGACUAUUCGUAAUGAAUGUGUGUGUGUGUGUGUCCAGGAAAAAAGUAGGAGUGUUCCUGUGCGGUCCCACCCAGCUGGCUGACGUCUUGGGGAAGCAGUGCCUGUCUCACUCUGAGGCUGGUGUCAAGUUCAUCUUCAACAAGGAAAACUUCUGAGACCCCAACACCCCUCCAAGAGCACCAACAAGGCAAUAGCAAUAUUCCUACUUUGUUAUCAAAGUUAACUCUCAAUAUCACUCAGACCCAGAGUAUCCUCUGGAUUGUAAGCCAUUUCACAUUCCUAAACUGUUGUGUUGUUCUCCCCAACAUAAACAAUCAAUGGUUUUUAAUAUGGAUUCUCUGGGUGAAUUGAACAAAAAUUAUACUUAAGUGCCCUUAUCUCACACAUCAGUUGAUCAAAUCAUAGCACCAAAAAUGGAAGUGAACUUCACUGUUCUAAUGAUCCUGACCUACAACACGCCUCAGUGACAUUUCACAAUGUGUUUCUUGCAGAAAUCUGUGAAGAAAUUACCAAACCUACCCGCAUUUACCACAGAGGCCAGAACGUUACUCUUGUUCUGCAAUACAACAUGCAAACAUGGAAACUUUUCAAAACUCUCUAGUUUCACUUCUUCCUGUUUCUGGUGUUGUAUUUGCAAGUUUGUAUAAGCAAAAUAGUGUGCAUAAAGCUUACUUCAUUUAAAAACAUAUUUUAUUUUCACUGCAUCAGGGAUAG